GUUAGAGGAGGGAAACGACACAAUUUGACCACAGGAGGUCAAGAUGCCAACACCGGUUGCGAAAGGAAUUAUCAUCACUGUUUCAGCACUCGUUGCUGCGGGUAUUGCGGUUUAUGAAUCACCACAGUUUCGACAAUGGGUCAACACCUCGCGGCGAAAGAUUGCCGUCGCAUUGCACAAUCUCGGCGAUGAGAUUCACCCUCCAACCUCUGCCUCACCUAUGAGGCAAGACAUAUCUAUGACUGAGGAGCUGGGCCCGGAAGCUGAAGAGCGUAGGCGGAUAGCAAGGGAAGAACUCCAACGACGGCGUUCCGUGCUUGAAGAACACCGGAAAAGAAGAGAAAGUGCCCCCGCGGGAUCUUUCGAUGCGCUUGUUGAUGACGAUGGCCGUUUGCUUCGAACCGAGAGUCCAAAUCCUUCUGGAGGACUGGGUAACUCUACCGCUGUGGAAGUGGCACCAUCACAGGCUAUUCAGCGCGGUAAAAAUAAUGGUCCUCAGACCCCUAUGGCCGAGACGCAGACCACUGGCGCUGCUCUUACGAGGCAGAACCUGCAAGUGGCAAUACCAGCAGCCGCAGCCGCAGGUGCAGCGUCUGCAGCGCUUAUUGACUACACACCCACUUCCAAGACCUCAGGUAUGGACUUCUCAACGUCUACGCUGAAUCGUACCGAGGAGGUCGAGCGGCCGCUUUCACGAUCGUCGAGUCAUACAGAGGGUUAUUCUGAAGUACUUUUUGCUCAUCCGGGUCCUUCGACGAAUGAAACCGGCCGUGAUUUGAGAUCGCCCUUUUCCGAUCUGUCGGACUUAGAUUCUACUGGCGCCGAACACCACGAACGACCGUCUACACCGUCGACGGCUGGUAGUUUCAGUCAAAUUUAUGAGUCUGCUGCGGAUGAAUGGUCAGAUGGCACAUUGAGUGACCAUGGACGGUCGACACAAGGAGUCGCCACCCCAGCCAGCUGGUCAGAGAUCGGUAGCGUAGUCAGCAAUGAGGACCUGCAAAAUCGCUUGUAGGCAUGUGGGAAAUUUGUAUAGAAUAAUUCACUUCUUGGAUGGGAUUGCUCGGAGGAUGGCGCGGUAUGGACGGGACAGGUGUCUCGGAGUUCUUUCGAUUUUUACUGAUUAUGCUGCGGUUUCACAUGGUUUUGUAGAAUUUAAAUUUAAAUUUAGUCCAAGCUUCUGAACAACGCUCUAGUUUAGUUGCAGUUCAAAACCAAUCUAAGGUGCUUGGCGAU